AUGGCGCUCCAACCGACCAGCGAGACCUCCCCGUUGCUUGGAGAACGGAAUGGCACUGCGUCCACCGGAACCAUUCCUACCCGCGAUGCGGAGUCGGGGGAUCUUUCAAACAACCAGGAUGAGCAGACUAAGGAGCCAUUUCCCGAUGCUCAAAAGCAGCUCAAGUAUAUCGUCCCGGCCAUUUCAAUUGGAAUCUUUCUCUCGGCUGCGGACCAGACCAUCAUUAUGGCCAGCUAUGGUCAAAUUGGAAGCGAUUUAAAGGCGCUCAAUCUGACCAGUUGGAUCGCCACUUCAUACUUCCUGACCUUGACAUCGUUCCAGCCCCUCUACGGAAAAUUGAGUGAUAUAUUUGGCCGGAAGGCUUGUCUGCUUUUUGCCUAUGCCAUUUUCGGAACGGGAUGUCUUUUCUGUGGACUUGCACGAAAUAUCAACGAGCUCAUUGCCGCUCGAGUCUUUCAGGGCAUUGGAGGGGGUGGUAUGACAACUGUUGUCAGUAUACUGAUGAGUGAUAUUGUUCCGUUGCGGGAUCGAGGCCUGUGGCAAGGCAUCAUCAAUAUUAUUUAUGCCACCGGGUCAGGUACCGGUGCGCCUUUAGGUGGCAUUCUGGCCGACUAUAUUGGCUGGCGCUGGGCUUUCUUGGCACAAUUCCCUAUGUGCAUUCUAGCCUUUAUUGCGGUGUCCUUCAUGCUGAAGCUCCCCGCUCGUGAGAACGUGCAUUGGAAGGCGAAACUCCGCCGAAUUGACUUUCUCGGCGCGCUAGUCCUCGUCGGGGCCGUUCUGGGAUUCCUCCUGGGACUUGACCGCGGCAGCAAUGUGUCGUGGAGUAUGCCCCUGACGCUUGUAUCGCUAGGUGUGUCGGUGGUUCUCUUCGGGCUUUUCAUUUUGGUCGAGAUCUACCUGGCCGCGGAGCCCUUCGCACCGGGCCAUAUCAUCUUUAAUCGAACCUUUUUUGCGCUUUAUUGCUGCAAUUUCUUCAGUUUCGGUGGCUGGCUUGCUGCGCUAUUUUACAUUCCACUCUACUUCCAAGCCGUCGAUGGCGUCUCUGCUACCGUCGCCGGGAUUCGACUCCUGCCCAGUAUUUUCUCCGGCGUGACUGGCUCUCUCUUUUCGGGAAUCAUUAUGAAGCGUACUGGAAGGUACUUCUGGCUGACCGUCGUGGCAUAUUCAUUCUUGACGCUCGGUUGUUUCACCAUUUUCCUCUUCUCGGGCGGAACCACGACGAGCACAAUUCCAAUGAUCCUCGGUAUGGUGAUGGCGGCGUUUGGAAAUGGAAUCGGCGUCACGACAACUUUAAUCGGACUGAUUUCCAACGCGACCUACGAAGACCAAGCUGUGGUCACUGCGUGCUCGUAUCUUUUCCGAUCUUUAGGGUCUGUGAUUGGACUGUCUCUAUCCUCGACAGUGGUCCAACAAUUGCUUCGCGAACGCCUGCGGACGAGUCUCAGGGAGAGCAAGGACAUCGACUAUAUUGUCAAUGGAGUGAGGGAAAGCCUCGAUUUCAUUAAGAUAUUGAGUCCAGAUGUCGCUGAGAUCGUGCGAGGCUGCUAUGGCUGGUCCACCAACAAGGGCUUCGCCUUCAUGACUGCCGUUGUGUUCUUCGCGCUAUUCAGCGCUUGUUUUAUGCGGGAAGCGAAGCUCAACCGCUGA